GAGUUGGAAACUACAGGCUGACAGACGGACUGACAGAGAGGUUCCUGCUGGAGGUCGCUCACGUCGCUGCAGGCUUUUCGCCGCAUUUUAUGCAAAACGGACCGCUAGUGUUCAGUCGCUCCACAGAGGUUUGUGGUGCUCCUCUUUAGAGUUUCCUGCUGUUACAUGGUAACACAGAGCUGAAGGCAAGAGGGUGUUGAAGAUGGCAGUGUGGAUCCAGGCCCAGCAGCUCCAGGGAGAUUCUCUGCACCAGAUGCAGUCUCUGUACGGUCAGCACUUCCCCAUCGAGGUGCGACAUUAUCUGUCCCAGUGGAUAGAGAGCCAGCUCUGGGAUGCAAUAGACCUGGAGAACCCACAGGAAGAGUUCAAGGCCAAGCGCCUGUUGGACAGUCUGAUUCAGGAACUACAGAACAAGGCCGAGCACCAGGUGGGAGAGGACGGCUUUCUACUCAAAAUCAAACUGGGACACUACGCCAGCCAGCUCAAGAGCACGUAUGACCGCUGUCCUCUGGAGUUGGUCCGAUGCAUCAAACACAUCCUCUACACAGAGCAGAGGCUCGUCAGAGAGGCCACCAAUUCGAGCUCUCCAGUGGGCGGGAUGAUGGACAGCAUGUCUCAGAAAUACCAACAGAUCAACCAAGCUUUUGAGGAGCUUCGACUGCUGACCCAGGACACUGAGAACGAUCUGCGCAAGCUCCAGCACAACCAGGAGUACUUCAUCAUCCAGUAUCAGGAGAGCCUCCGCAUCCAGGCUCAGCUUACCAGCCUGGCCACGCUGCCCCCUGCUGACAGACAGCUACGGGAGCCCGCCCUCCUGAACAAGAGAGCCACUGUGGAGGCGUGGCUGACCAGAGAGGCCAACACACUACAGAAAUACAGACUGGACCUUGCAGAGAAGCACCAGAAAACACUGCAGCUGCUGAGGAAGCAGCAGACCAUCAUUCUGGAUGACGAGCUCAUCCAGUGGAAGAGACGGCAACAGCUGGCGGGCAACGGGGGCCCACCGGAGGGAGGCCUGGACAUCCUGCAGUCCUGGUGUGAGAAACUGGCAGAAACAAUCUGGCAAAACAGGCAGCAGAUUCGGAGGGCAGAGCAUCUCAGACAACAGCUGCCCAUCCCCGGCCCCAUUGAAGAGCUCCUCAACGACCUCAACAGUACUAUCACAGAUAUCAUCUCAGCAUUGGUCACCAGCACCUUCAUCAUUGAGAAACAGCCUCCCCAGGUGCUGAAAACCCAAACCAAGUUUGCCGCUACAGUGCGCCUUCUAGUAGGAGGCAAAUUGAACGUGCACAUGAACCCUCCGCAGGUGAAAGCCACCAUCGUCAGUGAACAGCAGGCCAAGGCCCUGCUGAAGAACGAGAACACAAGGAAUGACAGCAGCGGAGAAAUUCUUAACAAUAACUGUGUGAUGGAGUAUCAUCAGACUACCGGCACUCUCAGCGCCCACUUCAGAAACAUGUCCCUGAAGAGGAUCAAGCGAUCGGACAGACGGGGAGCAGAAUCUGUCACGGAGGAGAAGUUCACCAUCCUGUUCGAGUCUCAGUUCAGCGUCGGAGGCAACGAGCUCGUUUUUCAAGUAAAGACGUUAUCACUUCCUGUAGUGGUGAUUGUUCACGGUAGCCAAGACAAUAACGCCACAGCAACCGUUCUGUGGGACAACGCUUUUGCAGAAACUGGACGGGUGCCUUUCCUCGUGCCGGAUAAAGUGAUCUGGCCUCAGCUGUGUGAUGCCAUCAACAUGAAGUACAAGGCUGAGGUGCAGAGUAACCGAGGCCUGUCUGAGGAGAACCUGGUCUUCCUCGCUCAGAAGGCCUUCAGCAGCUCCAGCAACAACCCUGACGACUACCGCAACAUGACUAUGACAUGGUCACAGUUUAACAGGGAAAGCUUGCCAGGGAGGAACUUCACUUUUUGGCAGUGGUUCGAUGGAGUGAUGGAACUCACAAAAAAGCAUCUCAAACCACACUGGAAUGACGGAGCCAUUUUGGGCUUUGUGAACAAGCAGCAGGCUCAGGACAUGCUGAUGUCCAAACCCAACGGUACUUUCCUUCUGCGAUUUAGUGAUUCUGAGAUUGGAGGAAUUACAAUUGCCUGGGUGGCAGAAAAUCCUAACAAAGCAGGUGAAAGAAUGGUUUGGAACCUCAUGCCGUACACAACCAAAGACUUCUCCAUUCGCUCCCUGUCUGACCGCAUCAGUGAUCUCAAUCACCUCCUGUUCCUCUACCCCGACAGACACAAGGAUGAGGUUUUCUCCAAAUAUUACACCCCACCACUCUCCAAAGCCGUGGAUGGCUACGUGAAACCGCAGAUCAAGCAAGUGGUGCCCGAGUUUACGACAGCCAAUCCAGACCCAUCAAGUGGGAAUCCAACCUAUAUGGAUCACGGCGCCUCCCCAGCACCUGUCAAUCACCCUCACACCUACGGCAUAUACCCCCCAAUUGAUGUGCUGCCAGCUUGUCUGAGUGUGGUUUGGCUCCGCUCUGUGUCCUGUGGCAGGAGCGACUCUAUGUUGGAUACGGACGGAGACUUCGACCUGGACGACACCAUGGACGUGGCGAGGCACGUAGAGGAGCUCCUUCGGCGGCCUGUAGACAGCCAGUGGGGCGGCCAGCAGUCCUGACCCUUGACCUUUUAACCCUCGACAUCAAAAACAGACCCCGCCUCCCAACUUGCCCCUCACAUUGACAUUUCUCAUGGUUUGAAUUCCAUUCAUUUAUCUUUUUUUUCAGAUAGCUGUUAUGUGAAAUGUUAAUAAUGGUUGUGAUUUUGUUUCUCUUCUGUUCAGCAUGAGAGCAUGCAUGUCAGUGACCUCUCUUAGUUUUUAUUUGUGUCCAUAAGUGUUUGUAAAACAGACUAGGUAUGAAGCCUACAAUGUUACAGUGUUGUGAUAAAGAAAAGAAAAUGUUCAUUCACAUUGUGCAUGCAUUUCCAAUUGAUUUUGAUCUGAUUUAAAAAAUACGCUACUGUAUGAAGACAGUUUAACAGUUAAAUGUCUUUAUAUUUUUUGCUUUGUAAAUGGGUUAUUAGUAUUUUGAUAGUGAUAUUGAACUUGCCCCUUUGACAAAAAAAAGAAACUUAAAUGAAGAGUUUAGCUUUUUGCUCUAAACAACGUAAUCGAAGUCGUUGCUCUGCAGAGUCCGUUUUUUUCUCGAAUGCAUACUGUAUACACUAACCUAGAGGCAGAGUGACUCUUUGCUUCCUGCAACUGACAGCACACACAUCAACACACAGUACACACGUGCAAGCCUAUGAAAUAUUUAUCUGAUUUGUUCACCAGCUGAAGCCCAGACACGGGGGGGUCCCUCUGUUUCCCUCAUCAAUGCUACCUCGCAUUAUCCUACUGACAGUCGUCGUAUACGAUUGCUUCUGUGUUUUCUCUGCAUCAUAUUCACACCAGUAGGUACGGCCAUUGGGUUUUAUUCUUGUGAUUUGCUUUGUGAAGAAGAUCUCCUUGCUGCCCAACGGGAAACUCUGUUGGCUUUUUUUAUGCUUGAAACCCCCUCACCUAUAAUGAAGUCUGGCGGCAUGAAGUGUCACAUGUCGGGUCUGUGUUCCUGAGUAUUCUAUAUUUUUCUGCCUAUCUGUCCCUAUGCUACGCAGAACAGAUGUGGGCUGAUGUUGCACGGCACUCAGUUGAUAGAUAGGUGCAAGCUUUUAAAGCUUUGCACAGACUCACCAGCACCUCAUUCACGAAAAACAAACUAUGUCUGCCGUUUGUUACUGCUCAAGUUGAAUUUCACAGCAGGUUCCCUUUCUGCUACACAUAAAAUAUAACAUAUAGCAAAGAAUGAGACUAUUACCCUUCCCCCUGCUGACAUACACAAUGUUGAAUUGGAAAUGUGUCCACAGCCUUACACCUCAGGAAUUAAUCGCUUUGCUUAGCUGAUCUAUAAGCCAAAAAGAAAAAGAUCAAUAUAUACAGAAAGUAUGAAUUUAUUUUGUCUAUCAUAAUUCUAUUUUAUUAUGGUUUAUUUGGCACUCCCCCUAUUGAAUGUAACCCCUUUGCAUGGCCCUGUUGAGGAUAUACGUACAUACAAAUACCUCCUCAGUCUGAGCAGAAGUUUCAAGUCUCCUUUUACCAGAGGUUGAAAAAAAAUAGGACACAGAGCAACUGGAAAUCAGAGAAAAAUGUAUGAUGUACUUUUGUGUUUGUCUGACAGACAUUACAGUAUUAAAAGUAUUUCCUGGUCUCUAUUUUUAUUUCUUCCUCAAGGUUUUUUUGUAUCUUGCUUUCUUUUCUUGUAUUUUAAAUCUCAAGCUACAUGGGCAGUCUUGUGAUAUAUCAUCACCAUUAUUCCUAAAGCUUUGUUCCACUGUAGACUCUGUUUUGUUUCGAUUAUGUAGAUGGCGCUGUGUGCUGUUUAAUGUAUGUGUACCAUGUUCGUGGUUUGGGUUCUCACUUGGAGGUUUUUCCAAGAUGAACAGCUCAUGAGUUGAAAAGAGGAAAAAUAAAGUUUUAUAAAUAAUUUUAACUCAACCUGUAGAAGUACAAAAGAUUUUUAUGUCACUACAAAAUAAAUGCUAUUUUUUAAA